AUUCAGAUAUGUAUAUUACUAAUAAAAGCUUUUGAAAUUAUUUUUGAACAUGCGCAUUUCUCUUAAAAGUUAUCUUUCGAAUAUAGGGUCAUUAUUCCUCUAUACAACUAUUUAAAAGAACUGUGUUAACAAUAAACAAUAUGUUAUAUUUUUGUCAAAGAAUUUUUUUGUUGUAUAAAUGAAAUGAUACUAUAAAUAAAAGAAAUAGAAACUGGGAAUGUUUCAACAGCGGUUUGAAAAUAUGUAAGGAUUCAAAUGAAAAUUAAAAAAAAAAUUAAAUUUGAUCACAAAUACCCUGUGUUUAAGACAUAAAGCUGUUUUAAAAUAGAAUAAAUGUACGAAACAGUUCGAAAGAUCGAACCGCUCAGCGAUAGGUGCCGAAUUGAAGAGAUUCUGUAUGAUACAAGAUCAAGGUCCGUUGUUCUUUUGCUUACUGGCCGAGUAUAUGGCAAUGCAAAAUCUUCUGCUUUUAGUAAUUGACGAUAUAACCAAGAGAAAUAAUAUAAAAUGUUGUUUAGUUCAAUUAAUAAAAAUUGUGAAACUCUAUUACCACAAAAAAAACAAAUACGAAGUGAAUGAAAUGAAUCAUAAGUGAUUGAACAAAAAAUUAUGUAUAAAGAAAUGAGAAGAAAUAUAUAAAACACAACACAAUUAACGCAAUAUUCUGAAAUUACAGUGUAUAUUGUUUUGUGAAUAAUUCGACUUAUACAUUUUCAUGACAACAUAUAUGUUAUGUAUAUUCAUACAUAUAAAAGUUUUAUAGAUGUAUUGUGAAGUAUUUAAUGAUGUAAAAUGUAUAAAUUUGGUACCAAAUUUUUUAUAAAUGCGUAUUUGCACGCGUGUAAUAGACAUUCUAUGGCCAUAUAUAACCAUUAUAAAAUAUUUGUCUUUUUGGAAAAAUAAAUCAAUAAUCAAUGCAACUGAAAAUAUCGGUAUCAUAAAUAAUUGCUCUUGCAAAAACACAAGGUGGAAAUUGAUAAUUUUUUAACCACAGAAUCAUACAAAAUAAAAAAUAUAGAAUCUCAACCAGUUCGGUUACCAUUAGCAUCAAUUUCUGAAGCCGAAACCAGCAGUGUCCAGAAUACCAGCAAACAUUAUUCAACCUUAAUCACAGUUAUCUUUUGUCAACUCUAAUAAUAGUCUGAAUCAAUAUCCAAUCAGUUAUCAUAACGGAAGCACAAUGUCACCUCAAAGUAAUUUUAAUCCAUCCUCAGAUAAUUUACCAGAGUUUCAAGAAUUUCUACAGCGAAUACAAACUCUCCAAAUGACUACCACAAAAGAUAAUUUAAAUCAAUCAAAUGUAAGCAAAAAGAAUCAGCAAAUGAGUGAGCUUAAUGCAAUCGACCCAAUGCUUGGAAUUGAGGUUGGCGUUGAACCUACUGCCUUGAUGGAUUUUGAUGAAGUUAGUAACGAAAUUGCACAACCAGAAAUAAGUUACACACAAAGAGAGCAAACGUAUAAAAAUGAAGAAGAUUUACUUCCUCAUUUCCAUUCAGCAUUGGCUAUUAGUUCUGAUGGUCAUAAGAAACAAUCUGAAGGUAAUAUACGAGUAACAGUUGGAAUAGACAAAGAUUUGGAAAUGAUAUUAGAAAUGGAUCCAAGCAUAGUGGACUUAGGGGAUAUAGCAGUCACGGAGCCAGUUGAGCCAAAAGUUAUUGGCUUACCGCCAUCAACAGGGGGCCCUACAUUUAAAACAACUGUUCCAAAAUCUCGCACACAACUUAAGCAACAAUUGCAACGUGAGCAGCAACAACAAGAGUUGGAGCGUCGUGAAGCAGAGAAGAGAGCAACUACCGCAGCUGAAGUUGCAGCACUACAACAGCAAGUGGAGUCUUAUAUAACACAGCAAAUACCAAAUUUAAACAAUAGUCAUCAGUUGCAUGCCCAACACAUGAUGGGCAAUAGCAAUACAUGUAGUGGUUAUAGACCAUCACCUAAUAGUUUUGGAACAAAUUUCAAUGAUGUUCAAGUGAACCAACAAAAUUAUUUCACUAACCCUCCCUCAGCAAAUUCUUCUGGGACCAGUUCUAGUCCGGUUAUGUUAAAGGGGCCGCUUCAAAGUAUCGGUGUGGAUGUACCCAAACAAGUUUUACAGGUACGGACAGUUUUAGAAAAUCCUACCCGUUACCAUGUUAUUCAAAAGCAGAAAAAUCAAGUUCGACAAUAUCUCAGCGAGUCUUUUAAAAAUGAAUGGGAGAACAAAACUAUACCCAACACUACAACAAUGUCAAAUACAAAUCGUGAAUCCAAUCAAUCUCCCAAUUUUCUUAAUAUUUCAAGUUUUGGCGGAUCCAAUGGAGGAGCAGAGAUAAGUACUAGACAUUCUCCACAUUUACAACUCACCCCGAAUGCAGCAACUCCUAUUAUGGAUGAUCAUAUGCAAUUGUCACCCUCUCCUUAUGGUGUAGAUAGUGCAAGUAAUAAUAUAACAACUGCUGCCAGUUGUCAAUUUUUUCUUCCAACUGACCAAAGUUCAGUGAAAAGUUUCGGAGGCGAUAGCGCAUAUAAAAAUUCAAUUGGCGGUAACUCCUCAAGUUUAACGGGCGGCAAGAAUUGUGUAAUCGGAGUAACAAAUGGUUUAUCUCUUGGCGGACGUUCAUCUGGACCAGUAAAUUCACUAAGAAAUGCUAAUUGUUCUAAUGUAUCCACGGCUAGUCCAGUACAAUCAGCACCAAUGUCACCUUUAAGUUCCGUAGCAACAAGUGCAUCUGAACUCCUCUUGUUUGACAGUGAUGCGGACGAUUGCCUGUUUGAUGCAGAUCUAAAAUUCGACAAUUUCUCAUCAGAUUUGGCUAUAAAACAAGAACCACAAUCCAUUACCGAUGCGGAAAUGCAUGCAUUAGUUAAGGACCGGCAGAAGAAGGAUAAUCAUAAUAUGAUUGAGCGCAGAAGACGUUUUAAUAUAAACGACCGCAUUAAAGAACUGGGCACACUACUACCAAAAACAAACGAUCCAUACUACGAAGUCGUACGUGACAUUCGUCCAAACAAGGGCACAAUACUUAAAUCAUCUGUCGAUUACAUCAAAUGCCUCAAACAUGAAGUAUCACGGCUGAAACAAAAUGAGCUACGCCAACGUCAAAUGGAAAUGCAAAAUCGAAAGCUUUUAAAUAGAAUAAAGGAGUUGGAAAUGCAAGCUAAGUCGCACGGACUACCAUUAAGUGACUUUAAUUUAACUUCAGUAUCAGCACCAGCACCAGCAUCUUUCCUCAAAGGAACCAGUCCUGCUUCACCAUUGUCACAUAAUAAUCAUUCAACAUCAUUAAUACCGGAUAUGGUAGAAAAAUUGUCUGUUAUAACAAGUGAAGCCAGCCUCAGUAUUACUCAAAUAGAUGACCUUAUGGAGGACAGCAAACAUCCUGUACACUGUGGUGAUCCCUUGCUGUCCUCAAACAUUAGUCACUUUUUUUCAGCAGCACAUUCGCCAUCGACAACGCAUCUGCAAUGCUGUAAUAGUUUCGAUGGCAAUGAUUGUAUUGGUGACAAUGAUCACGACUGUCAUAAUCCCAAUUGCCAGAAUAAUGCGAACUCGCUAGACGAACUCUAUCAAAACACCGUUACUUCGUCCGCGUCAACAGUGACACAUAUAAAUGGUAACUGUUGCAGUAGCAAAAGGCAAAAUAUGAGUAAUUCCGUCUGUUGCCUAACAACAAGUUGUCAACAAUCCAGUCAUCAUCAUCAUCAUCAACAACAGCAUCACCAACAACAACACGCACAGCAGGAAAUCAAACACUGCUGCGAUAGUAAUCAUUACUUAAACCACUCGCAACAUCAAAUUACGUCCAUGAUGAAUAAAAAUGAUAUUAACAGCCUGUCUAAGUCACCAUCGACUUUGCAACACGGCCGAGAUCCCUUAUUAUCUUCCUCGCACCACCAACACGUGGAUCAAAAUCUUCCUCUUAACGGCUUGGGGUCGUCGUCUCUUCAGCACCAUAACCAUCUGCACGACGACGAACAUCAUGUCGGUGCAUCACACGCUUCUGAUGAAUUAUCUAAUGCAAUGAUGAGCGAUUCUCUCUCACUAGUCUCAUCAGCAACAAAUGAUCCUAUGCUACUAUCGCCUGAUUCCUUGGACAUAGACCUGGCAUGAUAAAAUGACUAACACACACAAACAUUAUUUAUAUUACCUACGAAUGUAUUCUAUAAUAGAACAAAUAUGAAAAUACUACACCUUCUUGUGUAUUAGAAAAAUAUAAAAUACGCCUCUUAUACAUGUAUGUAUAUUAUAAUAUGUAAGUAAAACAUAUGUCUACAUGUGUAUAUAUGUACGGACACACCUGCGAUUGCAAGCGUGUAUAUAUAAUGUACAUUGUUUUUGUUUUUUUCUUAUUAUAGGCAUUAAUUGUAUUGUUGAUUGUUAUAUAUUGUUACAUAUUAAGAAUACAAAGUUUUAAGUUGAAAAUUUACUUAAAACAUACAAAAAUAACAAAAUAUGUAAAUAUUUUGGUGUAUAAAAUUAAUUAUAUUUAUACAUAUUGUAUUAUUAUAUAAUAGUGUAUUUCCUUAUAGGCAAUCAGAGUAGUAGAUUAGAGUUUAAAUCGUGGAAGCGGAAUGUUUAUUUUAGUCACGUUUAUCAAAUUUAAUCCUUGUAUAACGAAAAGCCAAUUCAUUCGUUUUAAAUUGUAAAUGGUUAUCACUGUUGAUUUUUUGUAACUACUUAAUGAACAUUUUUGUAAUUUAGGCAGGAAAAUCAAAAGUAAACCCAAAUUACGCUCACUUUUCGUCCAUAUUUAGUAACAUAUAAUAAUUGUAUUACCAUUGAAAUUUCCCAAGCUGAUUUGCGGAUUUAAUUAAAAAAUUAAACAUACAUUGUUCUUUUAACUAAUUUUCAAUGCUACAAAAAUUUACUAAAUUAGAGAAAAUUAAUACAAACAUAUGUAUGUUUGGAAACCAUAGAUAAAUACAAAUGUACACACCUGUUCCGCCAACAUGAAAUAUACUACAAACAAAAUAAUUUUAAAUUAUUGAUUUCCAUAUCACAUAUGUACAAUGUUAUAUGACAAUAUUUUGAAUACCGAUAUGUGAGUUGGUUGACCCUUCCUUUGACCUAUGUAUAUAUAUGUAUGUAUUUGUAUGUAAAUGUCUAUAUUAGCAUGUUUACCUAUUUAAUAAUAGGAAUAGCCAAAUACAACAUUUGUUACAAAAUUGAAUUAUGUGAAAAAGUUUCAAACUGUAUGCCAUAAUAGAUAUCAUAAGUUGUACUGACAUUGAAAAUAUCACAGAAAAGUAACACCAAUAUUUUGAGGCGAAAAACUGAUGCACUUAAUUGUGUGCACCUUUGAGUAAAUAAAUAACUAUGUACAUACAGGAGGGUGGAAAUGACUGCAUGUUUUUAUGUCAUGUACUUAUUACUUAAAAUAAAAGUAGUAAAGGAAAAGCAAAAUUUUUUCUGCGUAUUAAUUCAUAUUCAGUUAUUAAUAAAACUUAAUUACUGUAUAUUAAACAUAAAGAAACGCUAAAAUGGCUUAAUGCUAAAAUCAUUUAGUUUGGUUGUUAUAUUUGAGAAUAGCUAUAAUUCAAUAAAGAAACCGCAAGAAAAUAAUGGAAAAUUCCGUAAUUGAAAUAAAGAAGACAGAGUUUAAGUUAAGUUUAUGAACAAAGUGUUCAAUAGAAUUUCUGUAAAAAGGUGCAACUUAUCCAAAAGUCAAUCUUUGAAAUAUAUUAUUUCAAAUGAACGAUUUAAGUACACAUGUAAGCGUACAUAUGUUUAUGCACGUCGUUUAACAUGUACAUACAUACGCAUAAUGGUGAUUAAGUAAAAUAUUUCAAUGUAUGUACGUAUGAAUAUGUAAAUUUUCAAAUUGUUUUAAAAAUAUAUAUUUGUAUGUAUGUGCAUAUGUAUGUAUUUAAUUUAUUUGAAAUAAUGUAAUUCAACUUUAUUUUUAUUGGAGUUUAUUUUUAAUGAAUUAUUUAUUUAUAUUCAACCAUAGCAAUUCAAAUGUGAGCAUUUUAAAAAUGAAUAUUAAACCACGAACUAAAAGACAAGAGCUGUGAUUGUUUAAGAUAAACAAGUCUGUUAUUGGUAGAAUAAAAUUGGCCAUUUGGGUUGCUUAAAUUCAGUUCUCGGUAUAUUAUAUAAGCAAUAAGCACUCUUGUUUAAUACUACUCUUUAAAUGAUAAUUCCAACUAGAAAAUAUUUGACGUGGUAAUAAAUAAAAUAUCUCGUGCCGUAAAGAAAUUGUAUACCAACGAUUGUUGUUGUUGUUAUAGCCAACGGUCUUUCUACCGGCGCGACUGCCCCAGACCGGAUAUAAAUCCGUGUUCGUUUUAGUUAUGCAGUACUGAUAAUGAGAACUACGAAGCAUGAAAGGAAAAAGCAUAAAUGCUAUAAAUUAUAAUAUAAAUUAUUCAAAUAAUAUUUUAUACCUUAUUCAAAUAAUAUUUUAUACCUUAUUCAAAUAAUAUUUUAUACCAACAUGCUCCACAGAGUAAUAAUAUUUUUCACUCAACAGUUGUUUGUAUCACCUAGUAUCCCUUCAUCCGUCUGUCCGUGCAUGCAAUUACUUGAGUGAAAAUUAUUUCAAUUUUUGAUAAUUCUAAGAUCUCUUCAGAAUCUUUAAAUUUAAGCGUAAAUAUGGUUCAACAUUGCUAAAAACUGAACAAUGCGUGCGUGUCCAUUCACUUUUAAGAGAACUCUUAACUCAGCAACUACUCAACACACUGAUUUUACUCUUUGAAAACGAACUAUAAUGGUCUGCUGCUUAAUUGUAUAUAUUGUGCUUCAUUACUUCUGCUUGAAGCAAAUGUUAAAUAUGAAAUCUUCAAUUUGAAUAUUUCAAAUACAUAUUUUAAUAGUGAAGCAACAGACGGACGUUGCAACGCGCACUUGUAUUUUAAAGAAGUUUACUUAUAUUUUAUAAGAUAUAUGUGUCAUAUUCAUACAAAAACAAAUAAAUUAAAAUCAAACUUCCUAUCAUUCUACAACAACUUUUUGUACAAGUUUGAGAUUUUUGAUUAUUAUAUAUCGAAUACAACAAAAAUUAGUUAUAAAAGUACGAAAAACUGCGAUAAUUUACAAUUUAAAAUUUUUUCUACACAAAUAACGCUAUAAAAUCUCUAUCUCGAGUCCCCGACCUGUUUUUGAAUACAAUUAAUGAGAAGCGAAAGUAUUUUUAUUAUAGAAUGUGUACAAUCUAAUUAAUUUGGUUUUAAUAUUUAUAAAAUUAUUAAGAAUUCAUCCCAAACAAGUUUUUUCGCUUUAUACCCUUAUAAGUUGAAAUCACGUAAUUAAUAAAUAAAAAACAUUUUAGGGCACUUGUUUAUCAUUUUUUAGCUAAUUCCGCCGACAACCAGUCAAGACCUUCAUAAAGCCCAUUGCCCUGAGUAGCACACGCUGCUUGAAUAUACCACUAUAAAAAAUAUUUCCUUUAAUAUGAUGAAGCAUUAUAAGUUAAAUAGGGCUUACAUGACGAUUUCGAAGUUGAUUAAGUCUUAGUUUGUCGGUCAAUUCAGCAGCACUCAUAGCAUUUGGCAAGUCCUGUUUAUUAGCGAAAACCAGCAAUACAGCAUCACGAAGUUCGUCUUCUUGUAACUGCAUGAAUGAAAGAUGUAUCUUAAGAAAUAUAUAUAUACAUAUAUAUAGUUUCACGAACCAUAUUCUGUAGUUCUUUUUCAGCUUCAUUUAUGCGAUCACGAUCAUUUGAGUCCACCACAAAUAUUAGGCCUUGUGUGUUUUGGAAGUAAUGGCGCCAUAGUGGCCUAAUUUUGUCCUGACCACCGACGUCCCAAACGGUGAAACAAAUAUUUUUAUAUUCAACGGUCUCAACGUUAAAACCAAUAGUUGGAAUGGUCGUGACAAUCUCCCCCAG